AUGUCCUCACGCGGGGCGGCUGACAGUGGUCCGGAUAAAGUAGGUUCUCCGGCCGAGUUCCUGCAAUUGAUGGCAUUGGAACGACUUGAUGAUGGCGAAGUCUCAUAUGCCGGUGCAGUUGAACCAGAAAAAAUUGAACGUUUUCGCUCAGUGGCUUCUCCAUAUCCCCCUGGCAUGAGCAACCGCUCAUUUGGUGGUCAUGUUUACGCCCAAUCUGCUUUUGCCGCAUCAAAGACAGUCGGAAAAGGAUUCGUGGUGCACGACAUGACGGGCACCUUUGUCUUGGCUGGCCGUCUGGACGUUCCAUAUGUGUACACCGUCCGUCAUAUUCGCGAUGGCUUCAUGUAUUGCACACGGGCAGUUGAUGCUCGGCAAGAUGGCAAGAUCUGCUUCUCGUGUCUAUGUUCAUUCAAACGAGAUGAGGACCGACGCGACUUCCACCACCAGCCCCGACCAGUGCAAGAGCGGUUUAGGGAAGUGUUGGCGGCCAAACAACCUGAAGAUCAACCUCUCAGCCCCGAUGCUGAUGCGGACUGGUGGAUUGACACCGUUCAAGGUGGAGACACAGAAGAACAACGCUUCCCCGGUCUUGAUGUGCGGAAAACCGACAUGUUGGAAUAUAACAAGUCCAGGGACAGGCAAAAGAGACAGCCUGAAAAAUGGCGUCAGUUGACACAAUAUCGACUCAAAGGGUCUCCAGACGAGGAUCCCAAUGCAACACUUUCUCAAAUUCGAGAAAGAGACCAUGCGGGCGAAUACGAUAAUCUCUAUGCUUGUGCACAUAUGUACUCCAGUGACAAAAACUCUCUUUUUUUGAUUCCGCGGGCCCUGGGUAUCAAGUAUUGGAGUGAAAUGUGCAGUCUCACUUUGACAGUGAUUAUCCACCACCAUGGAGAGGCAUUAAGAAUGAUUGACUGGGAGGCCUCUAGCAGAAAUGGCUCCAGUGUUUCGAUGAAGUGGUUCAUACAGGAGGGUUGGACACCUCGAUCAGGAGAGAACAGAGGCGUGCAUGAAAGCCACUUAUGGGGUCCUGAUGGCACAUUAAUAGCCACUUCAUUGCAGGACGGUUUGCUUCGAUUGCGGAAAAUUGGCCGAGUGGGUAAUCUGUAA